AUGGUGUACUUCAGAAGCAAGAAUUUUGGGAUAAUGGAUUUUUCACGCGAAUGCUUCGAGACGGUCUAUCAGAAUAAGCAUGAAGUUGCUUGCAUGUGCAUUACAAAGAGCGGAGUACUGCUUGGAUCUGAAAAGAAUGCAAUCAUGGUGAGAAAUGUAUAUGGCGAGCAAGAUACAAAGAUAGUUGCCAAGUUUGAUAGGAACGUAGCAUGCAUAGCGACAGAUGGAGAUGUGAUUGCGUGUGGAGACGAUUCUGGCCAGGUGAGAGUGGUUGUUAACAGAAGAAACACAUUGAGAAGAUAUUUCGAGCACACAGCAAGAGUAAAUGAGUUGAAAGUAGAUGGACGGAUAGUGGUGAGCUGCAGUGAUGACAUGACAGUCAAGGUGUUUGACAUAGGGAAGCAGGAGAGUGUUUGGACUGUUUCUGAUAGCAGGGACUAUGUGAAAGGGAUUGAUGUGGUGGAGGGAAUUCUGUAUUCUGGAUCUUAUGAUGGAUAUGUGAAUGGAUACAGGCUGGAUAGGCAAGAAAGGAUGUUUUCGUAUGAUUCGAGAUGCAAAGUGUCGAAGGUAUGUGGGCUUGGGGGGCUUAAGGUAGCAUUUGCAUGUUUGAACGAAGUUCGUGUGAUUGAAGUGAAUGGCAAUGGCGAAGUUGAAGAGGUCGGCAAGAGCAUGCAUAUCAAGGAGGUUACGGGAAUGAAGUAUUAUGAGGGAAGGUUGUACACAUCGUCGCUUGAUGCAAGCAUACGUGUGUUUACUAAGGAUCUUGUGAUGAUAUCGAGGGUAAGGACGAGGUGCGGGAUACAGAGCCUGGACAUACUGGACGAUGUAUUAUGGGUAGUACUAGAGGAUGGAGAGAUUCAGAAGCUGCAGAAGGAAAAAGAAGAGGCCAAGCGAAGCAGAAAGGCACAUAAGAGGCAGGUUGACGAUCUGGAGGACGAAAUAGAUGUUGAGGUGGUGAAGUCGCUGAGAAAGAGAUACAGUGCAGUUGAAGGCAAGCUGAACAGGUUUGAGUAUAAGAGGUCGAUGAUGGGAGCAAUCAGGAAGAGAGAUAUGCAGGAGAUUUUUGCAGUGAUGAGCUAUAUACAGGAGAAAGGGGAGCUUGAGCAUGCAUUUCUUGAUCUUGAUAGAGGGGCAUUGGGGGAGGUGAUUGAUGCGAUGACGGAGUUUUUCAGUAUCAAGGAGUUUAUUCCUAUAUUUAUAGAAUGUUUUGAAGAGAUAUGCAGGCAGUACGAAAGAGAGAUCUGCGACUACGAGAGAUUGAGCAAUAAGAUGGAUGUGCUAGCUGGGGUGAUUGAGGACGAGAUGUUUUUCCAGGAGGAGAACCUGCGCACGAUUUCGUUUCUUGAGUGUUUUCAGGUCGAUGUGUGCUGA